CUCGACCUUUCAUCCAUUGAUCGAGCCAAGAUACACCGCAGCCCCGAACCAAAUCGUGCAUACCGUGUUGUGCCUUUCAUGGGGAAGAACAGAAAGAACAGGGCAAGCCGCGGCAUUGCUGCCGCCAUGGCGACCCUUGCGACGGCAAAUGGCGCCGAAGGGAAGGCUGUCGAAAUUGAGGUCGACGGCGUCGAUGCCACCCAGGCUAGUGCUGCAAAUACGUCUGCAGACUCGGGUGCCUCCCCGCAGACACAUGUCUCGUCCGAGUCGUCAGGCAGUCUCAAACGGCCCAGUCCCCACGAUGCCGACGAUGACGACGGAUGGCAGACAAUCGAGCGCGGACGGCCAGUGAAGAAACACAAGAAAAUCCCCGGCGCCGCCUCGAGUCGGUACCCCGGCAUCAAUUUCUCGGAGCAGGCAAGGCUGCAGUCCAAGAUCAAUGUUUCGUCUCUUCGCGACCUGAUCCUGUACAUCUUCGCUGACGGCCCGGCCCCUCAGUGGGUUUCCGUCAAGCACCGUCCAGAGUUCAGAAAGAUCGUCACCAUCAUGGUCCCGGGGCUCGAGGAGGCCAUGUUCAAGAAGGGCGUAGACUUCUCCAAGUACAGCAACCUUACACCAGAUCAAGCGAUCGACAGGAUGUCUGCUUCUCCAGAUGACUAUUACCCCCGCGUUCUCCAGAAAGGCGCUUUGCCAGAACCCCUACAGCCGUUCGCGGACAUGUUCCAGCAUCUCUGGCCAGUGAGGGCACCGGGCGAUGACAAGUACGCCAAGCUGCACUCUCCAAUGCAGUCAAUGCUCACUGCCCCGCUGAAGGAAAAGAAGAGCGGUCUCAAGCCAGUCAUCGAACCCCACGGCUGGAAAGACCAGAGGACGAGGAUCACCGAGUUCCUGGCUACCCCAGAAGAGCUCAUGGAAAACGGUUUCCCCAAACACCCAGCCAUGCUCAAGGAAGGAGCGCCAAGGGACGACUUCAAGGAUCCAGAUGGUUGGGUUCACACCAGAGUCAGCAGCCUCGACGACGGUGCCGUUCCCGAGGCUGAGAUUGAGCAGGGAAGCAUCACGGCGGGCCGGCAGGUCUUGGCACUCGAUUGCGAGAUGUGCAUGACAGGACAGACCGAAUACUCCCUGACAAGAAUAAGCUUGGUAUCCUGGGAUGGUGAGGUUGUUCUCGACGAGCUCGUCAAGCCAGAAAGACCCAUCAUCGACUACGUGACUCGGUUCUCGGGCAUCACCAAGGAGAUGCUUGACCCCGUCACAACUACCUUGAGCGACAUCCAGACCCGGCUGCUUGACAUCCUGACCCCGCGCACAAUUCUCGUAGGCCACUCGCUCGAGUCGGACCUGAAAGCGAUGCGGCUUGCCCAUCCCUUCAUCGUCGACACCUCCAUCCUCUUCCCUCACCCGCGCGGGCCGCCGCUCAAGUCUUCUCUGAAGUACUUAGCCCUCAAAUAUCUCAACCGUGAGGUCCAGAAGGGCGACGGGACCAUCAACGGGCACGACAGCGUCGAGGAUGCUAAGACAUGCCUUGACCUCGUCAAGAAGAAGUGCGAAAAGGGCAAGGCCUGGGCAGCAGGCGACGUGCAAGGUGAGAACCUCUUCAAGCGCCUGGCUCGCGCCGGCACCGCCUAUCGCGCCACCGCGGGGCCGGAAGCAACGGGCGGCCUGCCAGUAGGUAAAACUAGCGCCGCCGUGGACUGGGGUGACGUCACCCGAAGCGCGUGCAACGCGGCCACGGUGGCCAUUUCCUGCCAAUCCGACGCCGACGUCGAAGCCGGCAUCAUCCGCGCCGUCAAGGGCGACCCAGACGGCCUUGAGGUCCCGGGCGGCGGCGUCGACUUCGUCUGGGCGCGCAUGCGCGAGCUGGAGGCGCUGCAAGGCUGGUGGAACCGCAACAAGCUCGCCGCAGCAGACGGACCGCGCGGCCCUCCUGCACCUACCACCAUCACGUCCUCGGACGACGACAACAACAACCCCAAUGCCGCCACCGGCACCGCCUCGCCGCUCGAAACCUGCCUAACCACCCUGGCCCACCGCCUCAAGCGCAUCUACGACGCCCUCCCGCCAUGUACGGCUUUCAUUGUCUUCAGCGGCACCGGCGACCCACGGGAGAUGAGCCGGCUGCAGGCGUUACAGGCCCAAUUUCGCCGCGAGUACAACAUGCCCGGCUCCAAGUGGGACCAGCUGAGCGUGCAGUGGACUGACAAAGAGGACCAGGCGCUGCGCAGGGCCGUCCGCGCCGCGCGCUGCGGCAUCGGUUUUAUCGGUGUCAAAUAGGGGUCGCGGACAUGGUGGCGGCUUUCGCUCGGUUGGGUUGGAGACUCGCGGGGGAGGGCUAGGGCAUGGUACUGGUGGUGUCGGAUUGCGUUGUCGAGAGGGUGGCUUGGGAGGUCGACGCUUUACAGAUAGGUUAGAGACUGCCUUGCGUUGGAGUAUUGGAGGGGUGAUAGGGACAGGGCACGGUAGCCGUGAUGUGAUGCAACGCGAUGUUACGCUGCCUGAGUUCUGAAUCAAGUCAUAGAACUUCUCGUAGGGCCUAGAGGUGGAUGGUCCUCAAGCAGAUAUCCAAUAUGCUCAAAUCCUUGUCGGAAUCCAUGGGCAUGAUACUUCCGGAC